UUGGAAAGGAAAUCCAACGCACAAAAAACACGAUUUUAAAGCGACUUAUGAACGCGCACGUAUCGCUGCGACCCCAAAGAAGUCGCGAAAGCUUGCACCUGCGUCUAUUCAAAGUGCAUUCGUUGUUUUUGCCGCUUAUUUAGUCGCCGCUAUUAGAAGCAGCAACAGCCCUCGCCCAACAACACCGACACUUCCACCCCCUACCGCGCCACUGCCGCACAAUAGUGAAGCCUGCCACAUACAUAAAGACACAAACACAAAGCAAUACAAUAGUAACGCAACAAUAUGCAGGCGAUUAAGUGUGUCGUCGUCGGUGAUGGCGCAGUGGGUAAGACAUGCCUGCUCAUCAGCUACACAACAAACGCUUUUCCCGGCGAAUACAUACCCACCGUGUUCGAUAACUACUCAGCCAACGUGAUGGUAGACGCCAAACCCAUCAACUUGGGUCUUUGGGAUACAGCUGGCCAAGAGGACUACGAUCGCUUGCGCCCACUGUCGUACCCACAGACCGAUGUCUUCCUCAUUUGCUUCUCGCUGGUAAAUCCGGCAUCGUUCGAGAAUGUACGCGCCAAAUGGUAUCCGGAGGUACGUCAUCAUUGUCCCAGCACCCCAAUCAUACUAGUGGGUACCAAACUGGAUUUGCGCGAUGACAAGAACACGAUUGAGAAACUGCGUGACAAGAAGCUGGCGCCCAUUACAUAUCCGCAGGGUCUGGCUAUGGCCAAGGAAAUCGGAGCUGUCAAAUAUUUGGAAUGCUCGGCGCUGACGCAAAAGGGCCUGAAGACCGUAUUUGAUGAGGCUAUACGAUCGGUGCUCUGCCCUGUGCUGCAACCCAAGUCGAAGCGCAAGUGCACCUUGCUGUAAAUUUAAAGCACUCCACCAUAUACUCCCACACAUGCACGCCCACAAAGCUUUGUAUAUGUCUGUUUGACUUCACGGAGCGUUCCCAAAAUCAUAAUUUGAUAUUUCAAUCUAUGUAAACGUAAUAAUCUUAAUGAUAACAAUUAUACGCAACUAGCAGGCAGCAAGCGUGUUCAGCGAUCGUCUUAAGGACUUUUCCUUAACCAUACGACGUCCGCUUUGGCAAUUGACGCGUCUCCAAUUAUCUUGUGAGUGUUUUAAACUUUUGUUAAAUUUUUCACUAACUAGUGUAGGCGUGGAGAUGCAACUCCACUGCCGACGCACGUUGCUCGCGGAGCUCGUGGUCAGCAAGAGCUUAUUUUUUCUUAACUAUUAAGUUCGUUCGAAGUAUUUGUAACACUGUCGCUGUCGUCGUUUUAGUGUUUUGUUUUCAUUUCCAUGUGCAUUAAUUUGAACUUAAAGUUGUCGCGAUAUUUCUAUUUGAAAAGAAACCAUUAAUCUGUAUUGUAUUAUUUAACAUUUUUGUAAUUAAAAUUAAUGUUGUAUAACUGAGGUAAAACCAAAAAAAAAAAUAUAUAUAUAUAUAAAAAUAAAUGAAACCUAUCUAAGGAGCCGAAUAGCCGCAACAGCAUAAAAAUGUUAAGGGCAAGCCGCCUGUUUGUAGAUGAAGCAGAGAGAAACGUUCCAUUGCAAUUACAUACAUACAUACAUAAUUACAUAUUGUAUUUAGGUGUUGAUUGAAAUGUUUGGAGAUGUGACAGGUAAAAUGUAAAUCUAUCGGAUCUUUCCUAUUGCAAGUCAAAAAGAUUACCAUCUGGGGUCUGCAUUAAAAUUGAGACGAACUUUUUAAAAUGGCCAAGAUCCUGGAACUAUGUAUAAGAUGAAGUCCUUCGUAUACUAUGUACUGAUUAAAAAUACAACACAAAUUCAGAGAAAGAAGAUUUCAAUACAAAAAUCUUUGAAUAUUUUGUAUUUUAAAUAUUCAAGCCAGAAGAAUUAAUUAUAUAAACGUGUCUAUUUCAAUGGAAAUCAAUAAAG